AUGGCAAAAAAAGCUGUGUUGAUUGGGAUCAACUAUCCUGGAACAAAAGCUGAGUUAAGAGGAUGUGUCAACGAUGUCUGGAGGAUGCACAAAUGCUUGAUUGAACGAUACGGAUUUUCCGAAGACGACAUCACCGUUUUGAUCGACACCGAUUCCUCGUACACCGAGCCCACAGGAAAGAACAUACGCCGUGUGCUGUCGGAGUUGAUCCGAUCCGCGGAGGAUGGAGAUGUGCUGUUCGUUCAUUAUAGUGGACAUGGCACGCGUCUUCCGGCUGAAACUGGAGAGGAUGAUGAUACUGGUUUUGAUGAAUGUAUCGUUCCUUCUGAUAUGAAUCUCAUCACUGAUGAUGAUUUCAAGGAAUUUGUGGAUGGGAUUCCUAGAGGAUGUAGGCUGACGAUUGUAUCUGAUUCUUGUCAUAGUGGUGGCUUGAUUGAAGAAGCUAAGGAGCAGAUAGGAGAGAGCACAAAAGGAGAAGGAGAAGAGGAAAAAUCUGGAUCUGGCUUUGGAUUCUCAAGCUUUCUGCAUAGGAAAGUUGAGGAUGCCAUUGAGUCCAGGGGAUUUCACGUCCCUUCGGGAUUGCGCCAUCAUAAAGACAGGGGCGAAGAAGAUGAAGAAGCUGAAGAUGGGAACAGCGAACUCCCGCAUGGGAACUAUGGUUAUGUAAAGAAUAAGUCUCUGCCACUCUCAACCCUCAUUGAGAUACUCAAGCAGAAAACUGGAAAAGAUGAUAUAGAUGUUGGGAAACUGAGACCUACCCUGUUUGAUGUUUUUGGGGAAGAUGCUAGCCCUAAAGUGAAGAAGUUUAUGAAGGUUAUCCUCAACAAACUCCAACAAGGAGGUGGUGAAGGUGAACAUGGUGGGAUACUGGGAAUGGUGGGCAGUCUUGCCCAACAGUUUCUCAAGCAAAAGCUGGAUGAGAAUGAUGAGGGAUAUGCAAAACCUGCCAUGGAAACAAAAGUGGGAAGUAAGCAUGAAGUAUAUGCUGGAUCAUCAAAGCGCGGUAUGCCAAGUGGUGGGAUUCUGAUGAGCGGCUGUCAGACAGACCAGACUUCAGCAGAUGCUUGUCCUGCCGGAAAUGCAGCUAAUGCUUAUGGAGCUUUCAGUAAUGCAAUACAAGCUAUAAUUGAGGAGACUGAUGGUUCAGUUACAUAUUCAGAGCUUGUUCACAAGGCUAGACAGAAGCUACAGAAGGCCGGUUUCACUCAAAAGCCUGGACUCUACUGCAGUGAUCACCAUGUUAAUGAACCAUUCGUGUGCUGA